AUGACCAAAAAAUUCCCAAAAAAUUCCAUCUUUAGGGGUGUAUUUUAUAAACCGAAACCGGUCGGUUUAGCCCAUCGGUUUUUAUGGAUAAUAUUUCCAAUCAUUACUAUUUGGUUGCCUAUUUAUCUUUUAUUUUUUACUCGUUAUUGGUGGACAGUUUGUGUUUAUGCUUUGUGGUUUUUGUAUGAUUUGGAAACUCCGGCUAGAGGUUCUCGGAAUUGGUCCUGGUACAAAAACUCCUCAAUAUGGAACCAUUUUGCUGCUUAUUUUCCUAUAAAAUUGAUUAAGACGACUGACCUUCCAGCUGACAGAAAUUACAUUAUGGGAUGCCACCCCCACGGACUCUUCAGUAUUGGUGCAUUCACUCAUUUGUGUACUUCAUCGACUGGCUUCUCUGAAAAAUUUCCUGGUUUAAAACCAAAUUUACUUACUUUGAAUGGACAAUUUUGGUUUCCUUUUAGACGAGAAAUUGGGAUUGGAUUAGGAGGUGUAGAGUCUUCGGCAAAAAGUCUUCGUUUUGUUCUAAAUAAUCCAAAAGGGGGAGCACUUGCUGGAAUUGUUAUUGGCGGGGCUGAGGAAGUUUUGGAUUCAAAGCCGGGAAGUACAGAUUUGAAUUUGAUGAGGAGACUUGGAUUUUGCAGAAUUGCUCUUGAGACUGGAGCCUCAUUAGUGCCAUCCUACAGUUUUGGAGAGAAUGACGUUUAUGAGCAAUAUACACACCCUAGAGGUUCCCAAAUUAGAAAAAUACAGAGUUUAAUCAAAAAAUUCUGUGGUUUCUGUCCACCAAUAUUUUUCGGCCAUUCCUUAUUUCCUUUAUUACCUCGAAGAAGACCAAUAACAACAAUUGUAGGCAAACCAAUAAAAGUUGAAAGAAUUCCCUACCCUUCAAAAGAAGAAAUUCUUGGACUUCAUAAAAAUUACUGUGAUGGACUAAAAGAAUUAUUUGAAGAAAAUAAGGAAAAAUUUAAUAUUGGAAAAGAUGUUCAUCUUAAUUUUUAUUGA